GUGACGCAGCAGAAGAAGAAAAGAAGCUUGCAGAGCGCGGCGGUCGUUGCGAACCGCAUCGCCUCGCUGCCGUAACCCCAAGAAAAAAGGAAAGUAUGCGGCCGUCCUCCUCGGCGGAUAAGAUGCGGCGGCUGCGGGGCGAUCGCCCCCAGUGCAGCUACACCAUCGACACGCCGAGCUGGGACGACGAGAAGAGCCGCUUCCGCGCCUUUCGCAACAACUAUUGCGUCAGGAACCGUAACGUCACCAUCGCGUUCGUCGGCUUCGUCGGUGCCAUCCUGGCCAUCGUCGGCGCGUCCGCCUACGUGCACGGCGCGGGGCGAGCAGCGUACGAGGUUCCCGUGAACGACGACGAGGCGCCGACCUCUGCGGUCGAGACUCCCGCGUUGGUCGCCGUAGCGCGCGAAACGACCAGCCGGCGGCCGUCGCGUUCUACGCCCCACCUCGCCGCGGCGCCCCUCCUGGUGGCCAAGACGCCUUCGCCGCAGCGGCGGCACCAAGGCGCUCGUGCGGAGCGACGACGCUCGCCGAGACGGACGCCAAGGAAGCAACAUUCCGGAUGGCGCACCGCGCCUGCCACCAGACACCCUCGGAGACGCCAGAGGGUCACGACGACAAGAGCUGGGCGGGCGAGAAGGACCACGGUCCGGGAGCGGAAAGAAGUGGCGACCACACUCUCGGGGCCGCGGCAGAAGCGGAAGCAGCAGCAGCAGCCGCAACAAACGCGGUCGCAGACGACGCCGCGCAUCGCAGGUGACGAGGACGAUAUGAAGCAGGAGGAUAACGUCGCGGCGUCGACGCCUCUGCCCAAGCACCUGGUUCCGCGACACUACAGCGUGCUGCUCCAUCCGCACAACGACGGCUCGCGCUUCGUCUUGACCGGCGUGGUCAAGAUCACCGCCAAGUGCGUCGAGAGCACUCGCCAGGUGGUGCUGCACGCCGCUGGAAUUCAGGUGAACAACGCAAAGGUGUCCUUCAACGUGGUGGCGGCCAACAGAAGCGCCGUUCACGACAUCCAAGUGCGUCGUGUCGAGGUCAACAAUAGCACGCAGCAGGUGACACUUGAGCUGGCGAGUUUCCUGCACGCGCAAGUCGUUUACAACAUCUCCAUCAGUUACGUUGGAAGGGUGAGCAGCUGGCCCAAAGGGCUCUACAAGGUGUCCUACAAGCACAAGAACGGGUCGGAAGGCUGGAUGGCUCUCACGCGCAUGAAGCCAACGUACGCACGCCGCGUCUUCCCGUGCUUCGACGAGCCUUCUUUCCGGGCCACCUUUGAUGUGGAGAUACUGAGGCGCAAGGACUUCAGCUCCAUCGCUAGCAUGCCUAUAUUCAAGAUUGAAAUGAGUGCCAACCACAACGACUAUGUCAACGACGUCUUUGUUCGCACCCCUCCAAUUCCGACCUAUCUACUGGGGUUUGCUGUCACCGACUUCAAGAACAUUGGAACAGGAAUCGCAAAAGUGUGGUACGAGCCAUCUUCUCACACUCGGGCCGAGUUUGUCCUGCAGACCGCGAACACCUGCCUCGAACUCUACGAGAAGUAUUUUCGGACUCGCUACCCGCUUCCUAAGCUAGAUGUCAUCAUAACGCCGGCCGGAGCAGAGCCCUGUGAAAGCGAGGGCAUCGUGUUUCUCCCAAAUUCAUACCUGACACGUUACAACCUUUCCUUGGACGCGAGGAAGCAGACCGAGUCCACCGUUUACAGACACGUCUUAAAGCAAUGGAUUGGCGGCCUCGUCAGCUUCCGCACCUGGAGAGAGCUGUGGCUGGACGCGGCCCUGGAGGCUUACAUCCUGUACGCGCUAGCCAGAAUGCAAAACACCAAGUCCGCCGAGGACGACGACAGGUUUGAAAUAAAGAUCCAGCAGAUGCUCAGUCUGGAAGCAUCUCAAGACAUCCCUGCUCUAUCCAGAGAUUAUUUCUCGCUGGGCACCAAUGCAAGUUUAGCUGUUCGCAAGGGAGAACUGCUGCUCCACAUGUUCGACAGUGCUGUCGGUUCUAAUGGCAUUCGGAACGCCCUGCAGGAGUUGAUGGUGAAAUGGAAGCACCAAACUAUAACUGAGCAGAGCCUGUGGGAGGAACUUUAUAAUGUGAACAACGAGAGCUUUCCUAGUGCCCACGUGGCCCACGCGUGGACUCACAGCGCCGGAUUUCCGUUGCUGACGAUCAGCCGAGUGUACGGCCAGAGGGUCGCUGUCGCACGCCAGGAGAGAUACGGACAAAACGCAUCGAAAACUGUGUGGAGUAUCCCGGUAACCUACACUGAUGGAACGAAGAUGGACUUUGACAACACGGGCAACAUUUUUUGGCUUACGACCAAAGAAGCCAAGCUUCCUAGUGCUCCAAAAGACGACGACUGGCUGAUUGCGAACCUACGCGGCUGUGGUUACUACCGAGUCAAUUACGACCCCCGGAACUGGAACCUCAUCACCAUGGAGCUGAACACCUACCACACGAAUAUUGACGUCAUCAACCGGGCCCGGAUAAUUGACGACGUGUUCGAGUUGGCUGACCUGGGCAUUGUCCCGUAUGGCACGGCUCUCCAUGCGUCCGAGUACCUGCGGCGGGAGAAGGAGACCCUGCCCUGGACGACGGUGCUCAAGCGCUGGGAGUACCUCGAGGCUAUGCUCGGCACCGGAGUCGUGCUCGAGAAGUGGAAGCUCUUCAUUAUUCGGAUUCUCAUUCAUCACAUCCACAGCUUCAAGUGGUCCUACACGCAUGAAGACGACGACAAGAGGCAGCUGAGGAUAAUACACUACCGGUGGGCCUGCAGAUACAAGUACGGGCCGUGCCUCAUUGAGGCGAGGCACGCCUUCGACAGUUACAAGUCGCCGCAGACGACAUCGAAGCCGAUCCUCUUGGAGCACCAGUUCACCGUGUUCUGCACCGUCAUCGAGGACGGCGAUGAAGCAGAGUGGACGGUGCUUCGCACGCGCCUCGAGCAGGUGAGCGAUGGCGUCGAGCGCAGGAACAUCAUACUCGCCCUCGGAUGCACUAGGGACAGAAGCCGGCUCCGAAGAUACUUCGAGGAGUUCUCGGUUCCCUCUGUGAGGAUGGUGCCCAUUUUGUUCACAGAGGCAGCGAAACGCGGUAACUUCUGGAGGUUGCGGACUGCCGAAUACAUUCUCGCCAACUGGAAAGAGCUGAAAAUAAUGUAUCCGCGCCACUUUCAAGGCAUACUCACGGCCGUCUUCAAGUACAUUUCAAGCAGUGAAGAGCUCUUAGAGGUAAGCAAACUGCUGAAGCGGAACCACUGGUCCUUGCUACGGUACAAUGCGGUUUUCGAGAACAUCGAUCAGACAGCCAAGAAGAACAUACAGUGGGUGGCUUCUCACUACGCCGAAGUGGCCCGCUGGCUCAAGCGCGACGUCGCGGAAUUCAUACUCGACGACCAAGUCUUGCACGGCAACGCUACGCUCAGCGGUUUGGGCAACGACACCAAGAACGAGGACGAGGCCGACAGUCUCGACAUUGGAGCCAGUGAAGCUUUCGAAGCGGGCGGGAUUCUCAACCACCAGGUUACCAAUAGCGCCAUCGCCAAAGAAAACAACUCCGGCUUGGACUCUGGCGUCGCGGGCCUCGGAGACACAGUGCUCAACCGUGGUCACAGCGACCGUGUUGCAGACUCUGCGGGCACUGCUACAAUGGUUGGAGAUUUCAGUGACACGUUCCGCGCCAAACAUAACGCUGACAGUCACGUGGUCUCCGCCAUUGCUGCCAGUACAGGAAUGAGCGAGAGCCACAACCGAAGUAUCGAAGCAAGCUAUCUCGAAGCCGUCGACAGACACCAGCGCGUGGGGAAUAACGCGGAUGAAAGUGCUGUCGUCGAAGUGCCUCUAGUAACCGGAGAAAGUCCGCCAAAGGAGACUGACUCGUUUGAAGCGGCCUCGCGAAGCUAUUCGAGCCAAAGCCAGGAAAGUAACGCCACGAAGAGUGCGACGAGAGGUCCUGACACCACAUUCAGGUCGUCUGUUUCCUCGCGGGUGAGUACGGCUGAAAUUGCCGCGAAAAACGCAGAGUUUGAUGCUGCGAUAUUCAAGGAUUCGGAGCAAAGUCCUCAACUCGGCGAAUACGUUAAGGACGAAGACUAUACAGACACUAGCGUAAUCGUAAAUGAUUUCGACUACAUGCCCAUCACCAAACACUACCGAGACAGUCACAAUGCUUUAGAAGUAGCUAAACGUGCAGGGUCGAGCCAAAACGUUAAUGCCAGCCGUGAAAAUAAGAGGAUGACAGAGAGGGCUGCAAGCUUUCUCACAGCCACGCACAGAGACGAACGUGCUGUCAAGGAUGGCAGUGCCGGAGUGGACGUCAACAUGGCUAAAGCAAGCAUCAACUACAACAUUGGCAAAAGCAAAAAAGGCGUGGCCUUAAGUCGUUUUUCAACCAUCCACAGAGGCAACACCGUCCUUGAAAACUUAUUUGCCGAAGAAAAUCGUGAACAGAAUAGCAGAAUUUUAAAAACAUUGCACAGCGCUCCUUUCAAUGACCAAAAAAGUAAGAACAAAGCGGACAUUGAAAGGAAUGGUGAUGCUGAAAAGAGUCCAUCUGUUUAUCUGGUGAAUGCACCCGAGAUUGAGGCUGAAGUAGCCUUAAACACAGAUAGCAGAUGUAUGGAUUCGAAUUCUGGCAGCUGCAAGAGAGAACGCAAACACGCCAGCAAUAACUCCCGCGAGAACGGUGGUGGCAAAUCCUUCAAGGCUGAAGAAUGGAAUACCACGAAGACAAAUGAAGGCAGCAGAAACGCCACGUUUCUUCCCGUUUACUCUAAUGCUUAUGGCAUAAAAGUUGAUGACAAUGUAAAUGAACUCAAAGAUUAUUCACAUUUCACCACUAGUGCUGGUUUCUCUCCUAGUAUUGUUUUGCUGGUUAGAGGCAACACCUCGGGGGUCACAGUUGAGCACGUCAACAAAGUGGGAAACGGCACUGUAAGGACCACGCAUAGGACCUCUGAAGACAGUACGAAAAAAUACGACGAAGUGUCCAGCAGUGCUUUCACUAACAAAUCACGUAUGGCUCCGAGUAUGAUCCCGUUUACCAACAGCCACGACAAAAUUCCAAGGGCCCCUAGCUCAUUGACCAAGCGAAUUACUGCAAGCACAAAAGAAAGUGGUGACGUACAGUUUACUCCCAGCAAUGGGGCCAACAGCGGUAUAAACAUCAACGACACUCAUAACGACGUCAGCGGCACUGCAAAUGCAACGAAAGUUGCGAGCGCAGCCACGAUCUCGAUUAACAAAAAGAUCACGGAUGCCAAAAGCGCUGCCAAAGAUUCCAGUUCCACCAUAGCGUCUUCGACCGAUUUCGCCAAACCGUCAAAAUCUCCCCCUGCAAGCCGUGUCACUGAAGGUGCUGAAAAACAUAGUGCCAAGGUCAUGAAUGCGAGUGAAACCACUGGCAUUACGAACUCUGCUGGGAAAACAAACGACCCCGUAACCGUUUUCCCUAGCAGCUUCAGUGCUGGGACUCGGAUUCCACAAGCACCUUCGGAUUCCACAAGCACCCUUGGACAGCAAAGAAGCAAUGUAGGCGACAGUGGUGACGUUCACAAUGAUUCCUACAAUGAUGGCAAUGAAGACAUUGACAGUGAGUACGCAAUGAGAGAAGACAGCGCGCGGGACGACCACAAAAAGUUGAGGAAAUCAGCUGGCUAAUAAACAACUUUCUAGUAAAGUGGGGGC